ACGCGUCGCCGGAGGAUGGAGACCCGCUCGGGGGACCUGGCUAAGCCCCAGAAUGGGAACUUGGCUCUGGCUCCUGCUCCUGCCGGCUCCCCACAGAAUCCCAGGAAGGAGCCGCCUGCGGAGGGCAGGCAGGACCCGAGGGGGGGCACCAGGCCCCCCCAGCCGGAGGUGGACAUGCUCUACAAGAUUGAGGACGUGCCCCCCUGGUACCUCUGCAUCCUGCUCGGCUUCCAGCACUACCUGACCUGCUUCAGUGGCACCGUCGCCAUCCCGUUCCUGCUGGCCGAGAGCAUGUGCGUGGGCAAGGACCAGCUCACCGUCAGCUACCUCAUCGGCACCAUCUUCACCUGUGUGGGCAUCACCACCCUCAUCCAGACCACCGUGGGCAUCAGGCUGCCCCUCUUCCAGGCGAGCGCGCUGGCCUUCCUCAUCCCUGCCAAGUCCAUCCUGGCCCUGGAGAAGUGGCGAUGCCCUCCUGAAGAGCAGAUCUAUGGCAACUGGUCACUGCCGCUCAACACCUCCCACAUCUGGCAGCCCCGCAUGCGAGAGAUCCAGGGGGCCAUCAUGGUGUCCAGCCUGGUGGAGGUGGUCAUCGGGCUGCUGGGGCUCCCCGGGGCGCUGCUCAGCUACAUCGGGCCGCUGACCGUCACCCCCACCGUGUCCCUCAUCGGACUGUCCGUGUUCCAGGCGGCCGGCGAGCGCGCCGGCUCCCACUGGGGCAUCGCUGUGAUGACCAUCCUGCUGAUCGUGCUGUUUGCCCAGUACCUGCGGCAGGUUGCCAUCUGCCUGCCCGGCUACCGCCGGGGCCGCGGCUUCGUCCUGUUUCGCUUCCAGAUCUUCAAGAUGUUCCCGAUCAUCCUGGCUAUCAUGGUGGUGUGGCUGUUCUGUUACGUGCUGACCCGCACCGGUGUCUUCCCCAGCGAGCCCGAGGAAUAUGGGUACAAGGCCAGGACAGACGCCCGGGGGGAGAUCCUGUCCGUGGCCCCCUGGUUCCGGGUUCCCUACCCCUGCCAGUGGGGUCUGCCCACAGUGACCUCGGCGGCCGUGCUGGGCAUGUUCAGUGCCACGCUGGCAGGCAUCAUCGAGUCCAUUGGGGACUACUACUCCUGUGCCCGGCUGGCAGGGGCCCCCCCGCCUCCCGUGCAUGCCAUUAACAGGGGCAUUUUCACCGAGGGCAUCUCCUGCAUCAUCGCGGGGCUGCUGGGAACCGGCAACGGCUCCACCUCCUCCAGCCCCAACAUCGGCGUCCUGGGCAUGACCAAGGUGGGGAGCAGGAGGGUGAUCCAGUACGGGGCCGGGAUCAUGCUCGUGUUGGGGACGGUCGGCAAGUUCACGGCGCUCUUCGCCUCCCUGCCCGACCCCGUCCUCGGCGGGAUGUUCUGCACCUUAUUCGGAAUGAUCACGGCCGUCGGCCUCUCCAACCUGCAGUUCGUCGACAUGAACUCCUCCCGAAACCUCUUCGUGCUGGGCUUUGCCAUGUUCUUCGGGCUCACGCUGCCAAACUACCUGGAUUCUAACCCCGGGGCCAUUAACACAGGUGUCCCCGAGCUGGACCAGAUCCUGACGGUGCUGCUCACCACGGAGAUGUUCGUCGGGGGGACCAUCGCCUUCGUCCUGGACAACACCAUCCCGGGGACGCAGGAGGAGCGAGGGCUGGUGCAGUGGAAGGCGGGCGCGCACUCGGACAGCACGGCGGGCGCCAGCCUCCGGAGCUACGACUUCCCGUUCGGGAUGGGCGCGGUGCGCAGGGCGCGGUGGCUCCGGCGGGUGCCCGUGUGCCCGGUGUUCACGGGGUUCAGGGCCCGGGCCCGCGGCGGCGGCGCGGCCGCGGAUGGGCAGGACGGCGCGGACGAGGUGUCGGUGUGCACCAAGGUCUGAGCGAGGGCAGGGCUCCUGCCUGGCGCUGGAGAGGCCCAGCCGAGCUCCCAGGGAGGCUCUUGGGAUCCAUCAGCACUCGCCAAGG